GGCAGGGGCCGGCACGGCCCCCCUGGCCCAGGGGCGGGAGCUGGCCUGGGGGAUAUAAGCAGCCCCUAAGGGGGCACCCCUAGUCCCGCACCCCCAGAGUCCUACCCAGACCCCCAGCCCCACCAAGAUGAAGGUGCUGGUGGCCGCCCUGCUGCUGCUGCUCUGCGUCUGCAGCCUCCAGGCCGCCCUGGUGAGGCGUGAGGCUCCGGAGGAGGACGCUGCCCCUCCAGCCACCGAGAACUUCUUCACCCGCCAAUUCCAGACCUUCUCCGACUUCAUGAGUGAGAAGCUGCAGGUGGAGGAGCUGCGCAGCCAGGCUGAGUCCUACCUGGACCGGGCCAACAAGCAACUGGAGCCACUGGCCCAGGAGCUGCGGGGCAACAUCCUCAAGCUCUUCUCCUCCCUGCUGGACCUGGGCAAGGGUGAGGGGCAGCCCUGAGCCCUGCUCUAGCAGCCCCACCACCCCACCUGUGACAAUAAAGCCCUGGAGCCGC